CGCCGCCCGCGGCCCGAGUCGGAACGAGCCCGGUCGGCCGCUCUCGUGUCCGCAGGCGCCGCGCCCGGGCCGGGCCCAUGUGCGGGCCGCCCGACCGAGGUAGCCAGGCCUUCGCCUCCGCCAGCACCCUGGCCUCCAACCGGGCUUCCAACCGGGCCUCUGAGGAGCCGCCGCGACGCCCGGCCCGCGGGACAGGUAAAGAGAUUAUAAAUCUUCAACUGAAUGAAAAAUUUUUUCUUAAAGUUGCACAUUCUCCAAUAAAAAACACCAAAUGUUUUUCUAUUUUGCCUGAACACAAGAUUUAAAUAAGAAGUUUCCACAGAAGGAUCAAUGUCAAGGACCAAGGCAGUUUUUAUCUAUGGAUUUCUGUCGGUUGCUGUUCUCUAGCAGCUGAAGAAUUCUGUAAGCUCUGUGGCCAUCACGAUGUUCUGGAAGUUUGACUUGAAUACCACAUCCCAUGUCGACAAGCUGCUGGACAAGGAGCACGUGACGUUGCAGGAGCUGAUGGACGAAGAUGACAUCUUGCAGGAGUGUAAGGCUCAGAACCAGAAGCUGCUGGACUUCUUGUGCAGGCAGCAGUGUAUGGAGGAGCUGGUGAGACUCAUCACACAGGACCCGCCCCUGGACAUGGAAGAGAAGGUCCGCUUCAAAUACCCAAACACAGCCUGUGAGCUUCUGACUUGUGAUGUGCCGCAGAUCAGUGAUAGACUAGGCGGGGACGAGAGCCUGCUGAGCCUGCUGUACGACUUCUUGGACCACGAGCCGCCCCUCAAUCCUCUGCUCGCCAGUUUCUUCAGCAAGACCAUUGGCAAUCUCAUUGCAAGAAAAACUGAACAGGUGAUUAUGUUCUUGAAGAAGAAGGACAAGUUCAUCAGCCUGGUGUUGAAGCAUGUUGGCACCUCAGCCCUCAUGGACCUGCUGCUGCGCCUGGUCAGCUGUGUGGAGCCAGCCGGGCUCCGGCAGGAAGUCCUGCUUUGGCUGAAUGAAGAGAGGAUCAUCCAGAGACUGGUGGAGUUGAUCCAUCCAAGUCAGGACGAAGAUAGGCAGUCGAAUGCUUCUCAGGCACUCUGUGACAUUGUCAGGCUGGGCAGAGACCAGGGCAGUCAGCUUCAGGAGGCUCUGGAGCCAGACCCCCUGCUCACAGCGUUGGAGUCGCAGGACUGUGUGGAGCAGCUUCUGAAGAACAUGUUCAACGGAGACCAGACCGAGAGCUGCCUCAUCAGCGGGAUGCAGGUGUUACUCACCUUGCUGGAGACAAGGCGGGUUGGGACAGAGGGCUUGGUGGACCCCUUCUCUCAGGGACUGGAAAGGCCAUGUGCUGUCAGCAGCAGCGUCCUGCACGGCAUCGAGCCGUGGCUGAAGGACUUCCACCAGCUCCUGCUCAACCCGCCAAAGAAAAAAGCAAUCCUGACCACCAUCGGUGUGCUAGAGGAGCCCCUGGGGAACACCCGUCUGCAGGGUGCUCGCCUCAUGGCCGCGCUGCUGCACACAAACACGCCGAGCAUCAACCAGGAGCUCUGCCGGCUCAACACCAUGGACCUCCUGCUGGACUUGUUUUUUAAGUACACCUGGAACAACUUUCUGCACUUCCAAGUGGAACUGUGCAUAGCCGCUAUUCUCUCCCACACUGCCCGCGAGGAGCCGGUAGAAGCGCGUGGAUCCCAGAGCAGGGCGGAGCCUCUACCUGGGAACGGGAACAGGAACCUGGAGACCCCCCAGCCUCCCACCAGCCUCCCUGAGAACACAAUGGUGACUCACCUGUUCCAGAAGUGCUGCCUGGUACAGAGGAUCCUGGAGGCCUGGGAAGCCAAUGACCACACACAGGCAGCGGGUGGCAUGAGGCGUGGGAACAUGGGCCACCUCACGCGGAUUGCCAACGCCGUGGUGCAGAACCUAGAGCGGGGCCCUGUGCAGACCCACAUUAGCGAGGUCAUUCGAGGGCUCCCUGCGGAUUGCCGUGGGCGCUGGGAAAGCUUCGUGGAGGAGACCCUGACGGAAACCAACCGCAAGAACACCGUGGACCUGGUGAGCACUCACCACGUUCACUCCUCGAGUGAGGACGAGGACAUUGAGGGGGCUUUCCCUAGCGAGCUGUCCCUGCAGCAGGCUUUCUCCGAGUACCAGAUCCAGCAGAUGACGGCCAACUUUGUGGAUCAGUUUGGCUUCAAUGAUGAGGAGUUUGCAGAUCAGGACGACAACAUCAAUGCCCCGUUUGACAGGAUUGCAGAGAUCAACUUCAACGUCAGUGCUGACGAGGACAGUGUCCUCCCGUCUCUCCCAGACCCUCAGAGAGCAGCCUCAGCGCUCCGUGUCCCACAGCCCAGUGCCGCUCUGUUCGAAGCCUGCUGCAGCGACCGCAUCCAGCCCUUUGACGAUGAGGAAGAGGAGGACAUCUGGGAGGACAAGGAGAUGCAUUGUGCUGCCCGGGCACCGGCCAGAGCCAGGUUUGGAGUCCCCCACGCCUCAGAUUGCUGCUCAUGGAGUGGCCCGCAGCACAGAGUCCAGGACAGGAAAGUGGACUCGGGAGCAGACGGGGAUGCACCUGGGCUGGGCACCCCCCCGGCCCCUGUGCAGAACGAAGGCCCCCCCACGGAGGCUGAUUCAGAAGCUGCAGGUGCUGCGUGGACGGCGGUGUUUGAUGAGCCAGUGAACUCGACACCGGUGGCCCCAGGAGUGGCGAGGGAUGUGGGUUCCAGUGUGUGGGCGGCCAGCGCCUCAGCUCCAGAGGAGAAAGGCUGGGCCAAGUUCACUGACUUCCAGCCGUUUUGCUGCUCCGAGUCGGGACCCAGGUGUAGCUCUCCUGUGAACACAGACCGCAGCCAUGCUGAGAGCAGCCCAAGCCUGGGCUCAGAGAAAGCCUUUAGCUCGGCCUCCCCGUGUGCUUGGAAUGUGUAUGUUACCAGGAAGGCUCCCCUGGUGGCCUCUGACAGCAGCUCCUCCAGGGGCUCUGACAGCGAGGAUGAGAUGCGGAAGGCAGCUGUUGCCAUGGAAGCCGUGAGCAUGGGCCCCAGCCAGGAGACCUCCAUGAUGCCUGAAGCAGCCAGGACAGAAGAAGCUGGCACUGACAGGGCCAAGGGUGCCGUCGGCAUGCUGCCAGACCUCGCCUGCCCUGCGCCUGCAGAAGGGACUGUGGCUGCCAUCACAGCACUGAGCAAGACUGGCCCCCUGGUGGCCACCGCAGCACUUUCUUCUGUGGUGGCCACGGCAGUCCCUUCAGGGCCCAUCGUGGUUGUCACCACAGCAGCCCCAGCCAUGACAGCCACCCUGGGGACACUGACAAAGGACAGGAAGACAGAUGCCCGGCUAGGAGGAGCCGCCUUAAACGGUCCCGUGUGAUGCUGCUGCUGACGCCCUGCCACGGUCCACCAUGGCCAGGCCAAACCUUAAUCAUGAGAACUACCUGGUGAUGCAGUUUGUUUCUUUAAUUUAAUUUAAUUUAAAAAUAAAAUGCUGCAUUGGUAAAGCUGGCAGCUGGAACGA